AUGUGCUCCAAUGCUACCGAAUCACUCAACAACUGUGUUCAGAAAGCUCGGUAUCUACCCAUUACUCAGUUGGUGGAUGCGAUUAAGGGCCAAAUCAUGGAGCAGAGGUCUAAACGUAAAGUUAAAUCCAGUGUUUGGGUCGGGGAGCUUUGCCUGAAGAUGGCAAAGGUUUUGGAAUCGGCGUACAAUGACAGUAGGUCGUGGAUUAUUCGUCAGUUCAAGGACAAUGUGUUUGAGGUUCGUUCACACCUAUCGGUGUUGGUCGAUUUUGGGGCAUGUACGUGUUCAUGUUUCCAGUGGCAAUUAAGUGGAUUCCCAUGCUCAUAUGCGGCUAUAGCUUUCCAAAAUAGUAGUAAGAACAUAUAUGACUUCAUUGAUUCAUUUUACUAUGUGCACGAGUUUAGGGCGGCGUAUUCUGGGGCUAAUCACCCAAUUCCUACAAUAAGGAAACCAAAUUUGGCAACAAUGGAUUAUCUCAUCGCACCACCUAUUUUUAAACGCCCACCUAGAAGGUCCAAACAGAAAUGGGUGUUGUCCAAAGGUGAGGUGGUUCAACGGAUUCAAUACGGCCGUUGCGGUAAAAUGGGUCAUCAUAAUAGGAAAACAUGUGAGGAACCAAUGUAG